AUGAUGAAGCACUCGAGUGUACCUUCCGCCAUGACCAGUGAAAGUACCAACGCGUCGAACCCCUCUCUGAACGACAUUUCAAUGCCGGAACUUCAACACCUCCUCGACUCUGGCGCACUGACUUUCAGCCAAGUGGUUUGUGCAUAUCGUGCGCGCAUCGCAGAAGUGGAUCACGAGUUCCAAUCUGUCAUCGAGACCAACCCUGACGCUUGUGCUGACGCGCAAGCUCGCGAUACCGAACGUGCUGCAGACCAAAUCUGCUCUAGUCUCCACGGCCUUCCCAUCCUCCUCAAGGAUAACGUUCGUACACUCGAUCACAGAGAAACAACAUGUGGUUCCAUUGCACUUGUCGGCGCUAGACCACGGCACGAAGCCGCACUCAUGACAGCAUUACGCGACGUAGGUGCUGUCAUACUAGGAAAACUUGAGAUAUGCUGGUCGAUCACGAGUCCGACGGAGAAGAGCGGGGUUGUAGGGUAUAAACCGGCCAAAGAUCUCAUUCCGUCCGAGAGUAUCAUCUAUGCGAGUAAGAACCUGGAUACGGUCGGUGUACUGACGAGAGCUGUCGAAGAUGCUGUGCACGUCACCCAAUCGCUCAGAGAGUCGAUGGCAGACGGUGCCUUGCGGCAUUCGCCGAAGGACUCUAGCUCAGCCGCAUUCAUGGACGGUCUUCUGGAUGCGAUCCGGCCAAAGAAGCUCGAUCUGAGGGGCCUUUGUACCGGCAUACCUAGCGAUUUGGUCGACCUCGAGUCUCCACCGCCAUGCAAACUUGAGGCUUUUGGCCGAGCGCUGUUCCGCUUGGAGAUCAAAGGCUCCAGAUUUGUCAUAAAAGUCUAUACAGAGGGCUGGCAUGAGUAUGGGCAACUGACGCAAGAGCAGACGCAGAUCGUACUGCACACUGACAGGAAGGUGACCAUUGAUGAAUAUCUGUCGAGCUUACAGACUAACCCACAGAACACGAAUAAUCUCCAGGACCUGGUCGGUUUCACGAAGACUUGCCCGGAAGAAGAGUUUCCCGCCCGUAACGUGACAGGCCUCGAGCGAGCACAGGCCACAGACCCAUAUGGUAAGCUGUACAAGACAAUGUUGGAGAAAGACAUGUACUUUGCUGGAUGCAUCGCCGACACUCUCGAUCGAUACAAUUGCGACGUGCUACUGAUACCAUUUCUACCCCCAGUCUUACAGACUUUUGCAGCGAAAGCAGGAUCUCCAGUCAUGAGUGUGCCUUUGGGUGUCUAUCCAGAUGAUACGCAAAUUGUCAUCGAUCCCAAGAAUGACCUGAUCACAGAGGCGCCAGGGAAUCUGUGA